CUGGUAUGAUUGUAGUUAUACGCUAAAAUAUAUAUAGUACAAGAACUUAAAUUGUAAUAUUAUUAGAGUUAAGUUUAAAAUUUAUUUUAAUAAUAAUUAAAGUAAUAGAAAAGUAUGUUUAUUGUCAAACCUAGCCACGGUUUUGUCACCUAACUGUAUUAAAUACAGUAGAAAUUUGGGUUUAUUAUUCUGUUUUCUUUAUUGAAUUUACGAUGCAGUGGGAAAUAUCAUAUUAUGUGCUAACUUUGUUAUUUAUAGAACAUUAAUUUGAUUUUUGCUGUAUAUUAUCAAUUGAGUCAUAUUAUUGUCGUAUGUUCUGUAAAAAUUUUUUAAUAUAUAUAUUUUUAUUUUUAUUUUUAUACAAGUUGAAAUUCACGAAGUUACUAAAUUUACUACGUUAUGUCGAGAUAAUUGUCAUGUGCUGUAGUGAGUGAAGAAAGACGAAUGACGAAUGUGCAUACGUAUUUAGUAUUAUUUACAAUCAGAUGUUAACUGUAGUGAGGUUUUUAUUAUAUAGUUAGGUACUGUAUAGUAAACAUGAUUUAAAUUAUAAAUUACUCUUUGCUAAUACCUUUUCGGGUUUCCUCAUUUAUAUAAUAAUAUAUGUGUGUAUAUGCGUAUGCGUGUGUGUUGCUUUUAAAGGCGGGGAGAGCUGUAGAGUACAUACGUCCGACCCCCCGACCAAGUUAAGAUACUAGCUAAAAAUGGGCAGUCUUUCCCCGCUCAAUCAAUUUUUUUUCUAUUAUUCUUUACUGUAAAUUUGCUUUAAAUAAAUGUUAUUAAUAAGGGAUCAACAGUUCUUAUGGUUUAUAGUACGGCGAACGUACAGUGUUACUGUUUUCAAUAGCCAAUUGUAUUACUUCUGUAUAUUAGAACUUAAAUCCUAGUCUUAAUGCGCUAAACCUAAAAUUAAUCAUGGAAACAAGCGUAGCAGAAUCAUUCAGAAAUGGGAUAGUUUUAAUCACAGGAAGUACUGGAUUUUUGGGGAAAGUACUUACUGAAAAGUUACUCAGAUCUUGUCCUGUCAAAUAUGUUGUGAUGCUGGUCAGAAGUAAAAAAGAACUGAAUGCUAAUCAGAGGGUUGCAAAUAUUUACAAACAAAAAUUAUUUGACCGAAUUUGUCUUGAAAAACCAGAUUUCACGAAGUCCAUUAAAGUGAUAGAAGGAAAUUUAGAGGAAUUAUCAAUGGGAUUAUCGUUAAAUGACUUUGAAUGGAUUGUAGAAAAUGUUAACUUUGUUUUUCACUGCGCAGCAACGAUUAAAUUCAAUGAACCUCUUGAUUUGGCCUCAAAAAUAAAUAUCCAAGGAACCGAAAAUUUGCUAGCACUAGCGUCAAAAAUGAAAAAUCUUAAGGGCUUUGUGCACGUGUCGACCGCUUAUUCACACUGUCCGAGGAAUGAAAUCAAAGAAGAAUACUAUAAAGUUCCUGUAACUGUUACGGAGUUGAAAAAUAAAUUGAUUGACAACGUACCAACUUCUAACAUUAUAGAGAAUUGGCCAAAUACGUACACUUUUACGAAAGCAGUCACGGAAAACGUGAUAUUAACAAACGAAAAUCGUUUGCCGAUAUCAAUAUUUCGUCCUUCAAUCAUCGGAUGUACAAAAUCUGAACCGGAACCUGGGUGGUUGGAAAACAUGAACGGCCCGACAGGUCUGGUUACCGGAGUCAUGGUUGGAUUUUUAAGAACAAUGCCAAACAUAGGUAGCAAUAUAACAGACAUGAUUCCGGCCGAUUACACCGUCAACGCGUUGAUUAGCGUCAUGUGGGAUACAGUUAACAGACACAAACAGUCAAAUGAUGUAUCCCUCGAGGCGCCGAAAAUAUAUAAUUACGUUUCUUGUGUCGAAAGCCCUUUGUCGUGGGGUAGGUAUAUCAGAGAAAUGCACGAUCAAUAUUAUGUAGCUCCACCUUUGCAAUCGAUGUGGUACGGAUUUUAUAUUUUCUAUACGAAUUUAAUAAUCGGAAGUAUUUUGAGAUUUUUCUUACACCGAAUACCAGGCGCGUUUAUGGAUUUGAUGUUGAUUUUGUCCGGAAAAUCUCCCAAAAUGUUAAGGAUGUAUUCAAAAUCAGAAGGUAUGAUUGAUUUACUUUAUGAGUUUUCUAUGAGACAAUGGAUAUUUGAUAAUAGAAAUACUAGAGAAUUGUGGCAGUCGCUAAGUGAAGAUGAUAAAAAUGAGUUCCGGUUUAGUUUAAAAGCAUUUGACUGGAAGUCAUAUAUAGAAGCUUAUUAUCACGGUAUUAGGAAACACAUACUAAAUGAAGAUAUAAGCAACGUAGAAAAGGCGUUAUCAAAAAAUUAUAAGUUAUUGAGGCUGCAUCAGUUGUGUGUUGUUCUAAUUAUUUUGUUAAUAUUCCAUUUUUGUUGGAUGUUUAUAAAAUAUUUGUUUUGAACGAAUCAUCACUAUUACAUAUAUAUUUGUAUAAUAUUGUACGUAUCUUAAACGUAUAUUGUAAGCAAAUAAAUUAUGUUUUUUUAAAUAAUUUUUUUAUGAAACUUAAAUAUGUAAAGUUAUUAUUGUGAGUAUUUUAUUUUGAUAAUUAUGAAAAUACAUGUAAAUAAACUGUGUAUUAAGUAUUUAAA